UCCGAUAGAGGCACCCGUCACGCGCGGACGUGCUCAUCGACCACUCGAUCGCCCGGCCUUUGUUCGCCCGGCUUUUGUUAGCCCGGCCAUUGUUCGCGCGGCCUGUGUUCGUGGUACAUCUGCCGACCAAGUGUUUUUCCUGGAAGUUUUUAUUUGUUUGGUUUCCUUUUGUUAUUUCUGUAUUCGUGUACAUCUGCCGACAAACUGUCUUCCUGGAAGUGUUUAAUUGUUUUGUUUCUUUUUGUUAUUUCCGUUUUGUUGUGAUUUUUCUUUGUCCUGCAGUAAUCGUGCCGCAUCGCCACCUGUGUUCAAUAGAACCGCUCAGGUCCGAGAAGUUGGGGCCUCGCAAGGCGAGUGUUUUCUAAGACCCAGGGUAGCCCCACCUGGGCACGUAGACAUCAUGGAUGCUGUAUUUGCGGAAUUUCUCCGGCUUCGCUACCCAAAGCUCACUUCCGAGUUUCAGGCCUUCAAGGCCGAUCACACUGCGAGCCCUCUCGUGGACUCCACCGAGCUCGCUGCUCCUGCGUCGCCUGUACCUGCGUGCAAAGCUUCUGCAUCGAGCACCGCAGCCUCCGUCGUGCCUGCCGUUCCCGCGUCGCCUAUACUGGCGAGUAAAACUGCUGCGUCGUCCGCCGUGGUCACUGUUCCAGCAGCGCGAUCAUCCGCGGCCUCCGUCGCGCCGUCCAAAACACCUACUCGUAGGUCACCUGCGCCCGCCUCCUCGUCCUCCGACUCUGACUCGGAGAUGGAGGUCGACCUCGCUCCCGCCUCAUCGACGGAUGGAUUCACCCUGGUGCAAAAGGAGUACCGAAAGCACACGAGACAAGGACAAAUACAUCUAUCUCCUGACCUCCAAAUAUCCUUAACAAUACGACUGACACUUAAAUCGCACGUCUCAAGGUGGACCGGGGAUUUCACGUUAUAGUGUCUACGGUUUCUUGUAACCACCAGGUGGGUCGUAACCUCGUUUGAUCAUAAACAUGAAAUACAAUAAUUAAAAAAAACAAAAUAUACAUUGAAUUUGAAGUACGUAGGCAAUCGUUUUAUGAACACUACAGUUGACAAGAGCAACGACAAUAUCUUCUCUAUAUAUAAAAAUGAAUUGCUGUCCGUUAGUCUCGCUAAAACUCGACUACGGCUGGACCGAUUUGGCUAAUUUUGGUUUUGAAUUAUUUGUGGAAGUCCAGAGAAGGUUUAAAAGGUAGAUGAAUAUAAAAAUGCUCGGAAUUAAAUAAAAGUAACAAUUUUGUUUUUGCCCCGGUGUCCCCCGUCGGUCUUUUAUUUAUCGAUUGAGGCACUACGAAGUCUGCCGUGUCAGCUAGUAAAAAAUAAAAUAAUGGUUGAAUUUUUUAAUCAUAUUAUUAUUCAAUACCCAUCAUCAUGGUUCCAAGCCGGUUUCGGGCAACCGCGACCAAAUUUUUUUUAUAACUUAAGCUUAAUAACUUAAAUGUAAUGUCCGCUAC